UGUGAAAGGACCCCGACAGACUUUUAUUUUGAAAGGCCUAAAAAAUAUUUAAAUAUUUUUUUCAAAUAAAAAAACAACUCUAUUUAUAAAAGUGCUUCUUGUGCUUUUGGGUAGCUUGAACCGGUUAAAAUUAAGACAUGUCUUCAACACACUCACUUUCUGUACAAAACCAAAACUAAAGUUUUUUUUUUAUUAUUUGCCAUUUAGACUUUUUGGCCUCUAAUCCCCUUCAGGAGAUGAUAAGUCAACUCUCCCGUCAAUCACUUUAAUCAAGAAUCCUCUCAGCCAAUCAAUGCAGACUAGAGGCGGGUCUUUGUUCAGAACCAGAAACGUUCCAGUCGCUGUGCGUCGGACAUUUUUUUACCCAAUUAUAGACUCCCUUAAAGUAAUUAUCUCACUUAGUUUUGUUUCUUUUAGUGAAAAGUGACUUUUAAACGAAUAUUGGAUUUUGAUGGUGCUGUUUGUCGGUAGACUCGAGGGUUUGAGGUGCCUUUAAAACAAAUGUGUGACUCAGACAGGUGAGGGAGAUGCAAUAUGGGAAGGAAUGGGCCACGGUGUAACUCCAGGAAACCAAAACAUCAGUCAUCAUGUCACAGAACCACCUGCAUUCGUAAGCUUAAUUCAUUUGAAAAGUCAUUUAUUUAAAAAAAAAAAAAAAAAUUUAGCUGAUUAAGAAUUAAAGAGAUUUUUCAUUCUUUUUUUAGAUUCCUCCACUUGGAGCUGAGUUCAUGCUGGACUGUCUGUGAAAGAAGACCCCUCCAGCCUCCAUGGCUCACUCAUCAGACCCGCCCCGCAGGGAGAAGACCCCCGGGACCCACGGCAUGCACACGGCUACGCGCAACCUCUUACGAAAAAAAGAGCAGCGCCGACAUGGAAUUCGAUCCUCCUCUCCUAUGGGUCGAGUCAUUCUCAUCAACUCACCUGUGGAAGGUGGUGAUGACAGUGAAGACCUUCAUACCGUCACUGUGGACAAGAGUGUGGACGGCAAGCUGGGGUUCAGUGUUCGUGGAGGCUCAGAACACGGCCUCAGCAUCUUCGUCAGUAAGGUGGAGGACAACAGUACAGCCCAGGAAGCUGGCCUGCAGGUCGGGGAUAAAUUGGUGGAGGUGAACGGCAUCAGUCUGGAGAGCAUCACCAUGAGCAGCGCCGUGAAGGUUCUGACCGGCAACAAAAGGCUGAGGAUGGUGGUUCGGCGGGUUGGUAAAGUCCCGGGUAUCCGGUAUUCCAAGGAAAAGACGACCUGGGUGGACCUGGUACGCCGGCGUAUGGUGGUGGAGGAGAGUGGACAAACUCCUUCAGAGGUCAGCUCGGGCAGCACCCCCAGAAGGAUUGUCCACCUUUACACGACCUCUGAUGACUACUGUCUGGGCUUCAACAUUCGAGGAGGAAAAGAGUUUGGCCUGGGCAUCUAUGUCUCCAAGUUGGAUUCGGGGGGCUUGGCUGAGCUAAAUGGCAUAAAGAUCGGGGAUCAGAUCCUCGCUGCUAACGGCGUAAGCUUUGAGGACAUCAGCCACAGCAGCGCGGUGGAAGUGCUGAAGAGCCACACGCACGUCAUGCUGACCAUCAAGGAAGCAGGGCGAUACCCUGCCUACAAGGAGAUGGUAGCAGAGUACAGCUGGCUGAAUAAACUGGCUAAUGGCUCCAAGAAACCUUCGUCCCAGGGUUCAGACUCCAACUCCUCCACCUCAUCGUUGUCGUCUGGGACUCCAGUCAGCUCCCUGAGCGGCCUUUCUCAGGUCAUGUUUCCACCCAGCCUGCCGUUUCCUUCAGACAUGGUGGAUGUCUGCAUCUCCACCGAGGACCAAAGAUCUGAGUCCGAGCGAACCGAAACCGCCAUCCAGACGGACUUUCCCUCCCAGAGGGCAGCAGCCGACACGACUCGCAGCCUCGGACCAACCACUCUGCUCAAAGACACGGCGAUCCGAGGGCAGGCGAGCGCUCCGAGGAAAGAGUCGCCCAAAACAGCAGUUCUCUUGGCGCUGAGCAGACCCAGCAGACCCAUCACCAGGUCGCAGAGCCAAGUCACAGUAGCAGAGAUUAAACAGAAGAAGGAGAAGAAGCAGAAAGGGAAGGGCCUGGGGGAGAGGAGCACCCUGCAGCGCUCGAAGACGCUUGUCAACCUUCUGUUCAAGGGAGGGCGGAGGAGGGACACCUCCAGGGGGCGCUCCAAGUCUCCAUCCUCUGAUAAGACCGGCAAAGAUGGACAGAAUCCGAACGCAGAGAUGCUUGGAGUGGUGGAGGACAUGGCCUACAGGCUGCUGGCUGAGGAGGAGGUGCCUGAUGUGAUGAAAGCAUGUCGAAGGUAUGUAGCAGAUCGGUCUGUGGAGGACCUGGUGCGCCACCUGCUGGUCGUGCUGGACCGACCUGAAAAGCUGCUGCUGCUGAGAGAAAUCCGACUACUGCUUGCACCAGUUGAUCUGAGUGUGUUCAACAGUAUAGUGACCUCAGUUGAAGUGGAAGCUUAUGACAUCCUCAAGUAUCGCUCAGUUCGCACUCCUCCUUUGCGCUCUCCAGCUUCCGGUCGAGCACCAAAGCGUCGCCUCAUCACUCCCAUUCCAGAUUACAGGGGAGGAUUUGAGCUCCACAGUGCUGAGGAGGUGGAGAAAGAGAGCCACCUGCUGGAGGAGCUGGAGAAGCUCAGCCUCAGUGGGCUGCAGGCGCCCAGAGAGAGGCCACGGGUUCCCAGAUCCUUCUCCCCUCUGCUGGAUAUACCAGUGGACGACUACAGCACAUCUAAAGAUCUCCUCUCCUCCUCUGUCGGCUCAGUUCCUCCCAACUGGUUACUAACCCACCACCACCCUCCUCUCCGGACAGACAUUGGCACCAUCCGCUCAGUUCACUUUGACGAGGUUUCUUUGCACUCCCCUUCAGACAAGAUGGAAACUAACUCGGGGAGGGGCCGUUCUCCUCUCAGGACAACCCACUCUAAAGGGAAAAAAGAGAAAAGUGGAAACAUAAGUAAAAACGCCAUGUUUACGGUGCAGAGCGCUGCCGGCAGGACUCGGCCUUUGCUGUCGCAGGUGUUCAGUGCAGGACGCAACGAGCAAGGAGGGCACCAACAAACGAACGGGCAUCGGGCUUCCUCUGAGGUCAACGGCUCUGCCCGUGAGGAGCAGCAGUAUUACCUGAAAACCGUCAGCAUCUCCAAGACCAAACAGUCUCUGGGCAUCAGCAUAUCUGGUGGGAUGGAGUCAAAGGUACAACCUGAGGUGAAGAUCGAGAAGAUUUUUCCUGGAGGAGCUGCUUCCACCUGUGACGUGCUCAAGGCUGGAUUUGAGUUGGUCUCGGUUGACGGCGUUUCCCUGCAAGGAGUGACUCACCAGCACGCCGUUGAUGCUAUCCGGAAAGCCUUCAGCAACAAGGCCAAAGACCCCAUGGUGUUUGUGGUCAAAGUCCCUAAAAAACUUUAAAAGCAGACAAGAGGUCUCUUUCAUAAAUUCAGAAGAACACCCAAUAAUCAGCCUGCUGGGAAUUAGCAUGAAAUACUGUUGCUAUUGUUAUUAAUGUGAAGAUCCAUUUCAAAAUAAAGGAAGGCAACUUGCUGGGCUGGAAAAAUUAAGAGUUUAUAGUGCCAGAAUGGGGCACAUAAUACAGUGAGUCAAAAAAAAGUAUUUAGUCAGCCACCAAUUGUGCAAGUUCUUCUUCGUAAAAAGAUGAGAGAGGCUUGUAAUUUCAUCAUCAACCAUGCAA